AUGAUGAAAUCGAAAUAUGGAAAAGUUGAACAUUACAGAGAUCAAAAAUAUGAAAAAAUCAAAAAACAACUCGGGGAGCAAGGUUGCAUAUUCACGGAUUUAACGUUUCCAGCAUGUUCCGGAACUCUGGGAACAAACACGUCGGAUUUUUCUCCAGCGAUCGAAUGGAAAAGACCGAGGGAUUUAAGCGAUCGACCGAGAUUGUUUGCAUUAAAUUCAUACGAAACAAAAAUCCAAGCUGGAGAACUUAGCAGUAACUGGAUCGUUUCCGCUUUUAAAAUACUCUCUGGAGUCAGAGAACUCUGUUAUAAGAUAGUCGUUAAUUAUCCAGAUCAAGAAUGGGAUGCGGAAUCGGAAGAUAAAUACGCUGGAAUUUUUCAUUUUCGAUUUUGGAGAUUUGGAAAAUGGGUCGAAGUCGUUGUGGAUGAUUUACUACCGACAAUCGAUGGAAAAUUAGCUUGCACUCAUUCCUCGUUAAAAGAUGAAUAUUGGGUGUCGCUCGUUGAAAAAGCUUAUGCAAAGCUUCACGGAUCUUACGAAGACCUCGAAGACGGUCACUUAUCCGACGUUUUGGUUGACAUGACAGGUGGAGUUUCCGAAAUAAUAGAUUUAAAAUCUGGAGAAUGCGAAAGCGACGAAGAUAGAAGAUCGGAUUUUUUACGUUUGCUCACGACGGAAAUGGCCAAUCAUUCCAUAAUAUCCGCAUCGGUGUCGGCCUCUUCUCCGGAAGAAUUAGGGCAACGUACCGAAGUUGGCCUCGUACGUGGUCAAGCCUAUCACGUGACGGCCGUUAAAAAAAUACAUUUGGGAGAUUUAAAAAUUCGUAAUUUGUUUAAAGAAAAAAUAUCUGUGAUAAGAUUAAGAGAUACUGGAAUAAUGAAAUCUGGAGAAAAUAAAGACGACAAUCCAAAUUGGGCAAAAAUGAAAGAAUCCUACAGGGAAAAAUUGGGUCUUUACACGGAUUACGGUGGCGAAUUCUGGAUGCCUUUCGAAGAUUUCAUAUCGAAUUUAGAAGAAAUAUCGAUUAUUAGAUUAUUCAAUAAUAAUUUAUUUGCGAGAGGACGUGAGUGGCGAGAAUCCUGGGUCAAAGGUUCCUGGACGAUAGGUCACAAGGGAAGUUUAUCCGAUCGAUCCGGAGGUGGAAACGUGGAUUCCGAAACUUUUCUAAGGAAUCCGCAAUAUUUGUUCGAAAUCGAGAGCGAAGAGGAUGAAGUGACGGUUCAGGUUUUACAAUGGGACGGAGUCGAACCCUCGACUCCGAUAAACGAAACGGAAGUCGUGAGACCGCGUCACAGGACUCUACUCAUCGGUUUCUCUAUAUUGAGAGUCGAAACGAACCGGAAGUACAGACUUCAUAAAAUAUUACCAUUUUGUCAACCACUCGUGUCUAUGGAUCACCAAAGAAAAAGAGAAUUAUAUUACAGGGGAUUUUUUCCAGCUGGAAAAUAUUUAUUAGUUCCUACAACAUACAAACCUGGAGCCGAGGGAAAUUUUUUAAUACGAAUGUUUUCUCAGGGAAAUUUAAAACUCCGGGAAGUUAAUCGCGAUACGCCAAAGACGAGACAAAAUUUUUUCUGCAUAUCUAGUCCGGUACUAUGGAUAACUGUGAUAACAUUAAAAGGAGCCGCGGGUUUGGGAUCAUCCGGUAAAAACGUUUUUUGCACUAUAAAAUGCGAAAGGGAUAAAGUCAAAAGUCAAAUGUCGAAAAGUCACAAAGAAAUCGAAUGGAACGACAUUUUUAUUUUUUACAGGAAGAAUCCGAAUCGUCCGAUAAUAAUUAAGGUGUACAGUCACAGAAUGUUAGGAAGGAAUAAAUUUUUAGGAUGGACCGAACUUCCAGCAUCUGUGAAUCAUUUGACGUCACCGCUGGAAGCGACGCUCCUGAGAAAAGACAAUAAUCCAAUUGAAAACGCAAUUAUCAAAUUAGACGUUCUUACGGAAGACAAUCUUAUGGCGGUUUAA